AUGUCAGGAAACUCAUUGUUGACACAGGGGCUCGAGCCACUGGGCAGCAAGUCCAAGGCGAUUCGCAACAAGCUUAACGAGCUGUACGCAAUGGACAAUGCACUACAAGCGGCGCACGAGCAGGCCAAAUGCAACGAUGACUUUGGUGAAGAAGUGGUGACCAAGUACAAAGCAUUUCUAUCUUGUCGCCAGCAACUGAUUGCUGAGCUAGAGAAGCAGAAAAUUCAAGUGCCUUGGCAGCUACGGAUGACAAUCGACGACCUAGAGCUGACGUUAAUGCAGCGUCGCGAGAAGAAAAAGAAGGACAGGGAUAGCAGCAAGAGCAACGACUCGUCGUGUAUGGAGAUUCAAGAACCAGUUCAAAGUGAACAGUCAACACGAGUGGCAGUAGCGUUUGUUGGCCCUACACUCAUCGCUCUAUUGAUCGCAAUGCUGUGGUACCAUUACAACGCCUAA